AUGAAGUCCGUCUUCGUUCCGGUGCUGGUCAGCUACCUGGCCGGCAGCGGCUUGGCCGCGCCGACUCGAAUGGUGUCGGACCAUUUGACCCAGCGUGAUAUUGCAGCACUCCAGGAACUCGCCAAUACCGACACGAGUAGCCUCACAACGCAAGUGACCGAGACUGCUUUCAAGAACCUGCUCGUCCAUCUCCUCGAAGCCCAGGCAGGAAAGAGCAAAAGGCACUUGGCCAUGAGCCAAGAUUCUGAGGCACACAUGGAUGACUUUAUUGAGGCCCUCUAUGCCAGAGACAUGGCCAAGGAGCAAGGCAUGAGUGAUGAGACAAUCCAAGCAUACGAUGAAGUCAUUGCCAAGCAACUUUACAACGCUCUUUCCAUUUCAGGCAGCGGCAUCAAUAAACGAGAGGCCCAAAAGUCUCCCUUUCAGCCCCAUCAAUUUCAAGACAUCGGCAAUAACGUCGGCAGUGGCGCUGGACGUGGCAUUGGCAGCAUUGUCGAUCUAAUCUUUAGCCUUCUUGGACUCAAUGGCUCCCGCGGACUCGCUGGCAACGUCGGCCAUACGGUUGGCGGUCUUACUGGCGGCUUGACUGGGACCCUGAACGGUGGCAAAGGAGGCAAGGACGGUGGCCUCGGUAACACCAUUGGUGGCCUUACAGGAACAGUCGACAAUUUGGUCGGUGGGCUAACUGGCGGAAAAGGCGGCAAGGAUGGUGCCCUGGGAGGUCUCACAGGUACUCUGGGCCAUACUCUCGGAGGUGUUACGGGUGGGCUUACCGGCGCCCUCGGCGGCCACAACGGAGAUAAGGGAGGACUCGGUGGUGUUGUCAACGGCGUGACCGGCAACCUUCUUAACACCACCGGUGGUCUUGUCGGAGGUUUGACGGGCGGCGCUAACGGUAAUGGCGGCCUUCUCGGUGGGCUGACGGGAGGACUCAAUGGCGGUGCCCAUGGAGGUCCCAUCUCCGGCAUUAUUCACUUUAUCUUCAGCCUCCUCGGCCUUGGUGGAAAGGGCGGCGGCAAUGGAGGCCUUGACCUUGGUGGCUUAACUGGAGGUCUGCUCGGCGGCAAAGGGGGCAAAGGAGGUCUCGACCUCAAUGGAUUACUGGGCGGCCUUGCUGGUGGUAAGAAUGGCAAGGGAGGUCUUGACCUUGGUGGACUUACUGGCGAUCUCAACAAAACUCUCGGAGGCCUUACUGGCAGCCUCGCUGGUGGUAAGGAUGGAAAAGGCGGUAUUGACCUUAACGGGUUAACUGGGCUUCUGGGUGGCCUUACUGGUGGUAAGAACGGUAAAGGAGGUCUUGACCUUGAUGGAUUAACUGGACUUUUGGGUGGUCUUGCUGGUAAGGACGGCAAAGGAGGUCUCGACCUCAAUGGGCUACUAGGCGGCCUUGCCGGUGGUAAGGAUGGCAAGGGAGGUCUUGACCUUGGUGGAUUGCUCGGCGGACUCACAGGCGGCAAGGGCGGCAAAGGGGGACUUGACCUCAAUGGAUUGACUGGGCUUCUCGGUGGCCUUACUGGUGGUAAAGGCGGCAAAGGAGGUCUUGACCUCGAUGGAUUAACUGGGUUACUGGGUGGCCUUACUGGUGGCAAAGAUGGUAAAGGAGGUCUCAACCUUGGUGGACUAACUGGCGAUCUCAACAAGACUCUUGGAGGACUUACCGGCAGCCUUACUGGUGGUAAGGACGGCAAGGGGGGCCUUGACCUUGGUGGAUUGCUCGGCGGACUCACGGGUGGCAAGGACGGCAAGGGCGGUCUAGUCGGUGAUCUUACAGGAAAUCUUGGAGGGCUCACUGGCGGACUCACAGGGGGACUCAAUGGCGGUGCCCAUGGAGGUCCCAUCUCUGGCAUUAUUCAUUCGGUCCUCAGCCUCCUCGGCCUCGGUGGAAAGGGUGGCAAAGGUGGCCUUGGAGACCUCACUGGGCAUCUCGGAGGACUAACCGGCGGCCUAACUGGUGGCAAAGGUGGCAAGGGCGGCUUGUUGGGCGAUCUUACGGGAACUCUGGGAGGUCUUACUGGCGGCCUCACCGGCGGCAAGGGAGGUAAAGGAGGCCUGCUUGGCAACCUUACUGGGACUCUUGGUGGAGUUACCGGUCAAGCUGGCAAUAUUGUGAAGGGAGCUGGCAAUGCCGUUGGUGGGCUCACCGGCGGACUGACUGGAGCCGCGGGCCAUGCAGGUAGCGGUGCUGGCAACCUUGUUGGCGGACUCACUGGCGAUGUCGGCGAUAUUGCGAAGGGAGCUACCAAAGGAGUUGGUGAUCUCAUCGGCGGACUCACUGGCAGUUUAACUGGAGCUGCUGGCCACUCCGGUAGUGGUGCUGGCAACCUCAUCGGUGGAAUUACCGGAGAUGCUGGCAACAUUGCCAAAGGAGCUCUAUCUGGCGCCGGUCAUGUUGUUGACGGAAUCACAGGUGGUCUCCUUGGGUCUGGUAAGGGUAGUGGUUCUGGUCAGGGUAACGGUUUGCUUGGUGGUCUUCUUGGAGGUGGUAAAGGCGGAAAAGACGGCAAAGAAGGUCCCAUCGGUGGCCUUGUCCACGGCGUCCUCGAUCUUGUUGGCCUUGAUGGUGAUGGCGGCAAGGGAGGCUUGCUUGGUGGUUUAGGCGGCGGUACCAGUGGUUUGACCGGUGGUCAGAGGGGUGGUGCUCUUGGAGGUCUGACUGGCGGCAAUGGUGCCAAUGGAGGAGCCCAGGGCAGCGCUGGUGGUUCCAGAGGUGGUGCCGCUUCGGGAGCUGGUGAAAAUACUCGUCAAGGCGCGAGCUCUGCGAACGCCUCGUCUGGCAAUGCCAAUGGCGGUGAUGAAGCGAGCAGUGCCGAUGGAAGCAGUGCUCAGAACGGUUCUACUUCCGAGAGUGACAGCAACUCCACCAGCCAAAGCAGCGGCAAAGCAGGCGACUUCACUUACACGUACACGUACAACUAUGUUCCUCAGCCAAACAAUGGAGCCCAGAGCACAAACCCCAAGGCAGCUGCCCUUAUUGCUCUCGCCCACGCUGCACAAGAGGCCAAGGCCAGAGAGGGACAAGCCCCCCCUCGAAAGUACGCCGCUGGCGGUUCAUCUCUGGUUGCCAGUCCUCCCUUUCCCCUUCCCACAGCCAGCAUCGUUAGCGCGGACAUCCCUCUCUCGACUGGUGUAUCGAAAUAA